AUAAGCAGAAAGCUGUAGAUAGAAUUCUCCAUGAGCAGUGGAAUAUGCUGACAUUUCAGUGGCGAGCAGAGUUUAAGGUUGGGGGAAAAAUAGUUUUAUCCUAGGAACUAAUUAUUUUUCCCCAGGAAACAUCCCAUUGUGGCUAAUAAUGGGAAUGUGCCACAGGUUCUGUGGGGUUUGUGGUGAAUUGUGUCUGUCUAUAUGCAGGAGUCCUUCUUGCCCAACUUUAUUAAAUACAUGUGGGGCUGGUACUAAAGCUCAAGACCUUCAUCUCCAGCUAUACACAGGCAUCUAACCAAUGAUCUUCUACGCAAAGAGCUCCGCAGGCUCAGAGAGCUGGUAUGUGCCCAAGCAGAUCUGAUUCCUUCCAUCCAUUAAUGGGUUAAUGUACAUCACGGGUUAAUGGAAUGUCAGGUAUGAAGGAGGAAGGCUAUACUUGUGGUUUAGACAAAAGGCUCGGAAUUGGAUCUGGGCUUUUGCAGUGGCUUCCUCUGUGACUUUGGUGUUAUUCCCAGCAUCGUGACUUUUCCAUCAUGUCAGAACCUAUAACACUCAACGUUGGAGGAAAACUGUACACCACUUCCCUGUCUACUUUGACUAGUUUUCCAGACUCCAUGCUGGGCGCCAUGUUCAGUGGAAAGAUGCCAACCAAGAGGGAUAGCCAAGGCAACUGCUUCAUUGACCGAGAUGGCAAAGUGUUCCGCUACAUCUUGAACUUCUUGAGAACUUCCCACCUGGACCUCCCUGAGGACUUCCAGGAAAUGGGCUUGCUGCGACGGGAGGCAGAUUUUUAUCAGGUUCAGCCACUGAUUGAAGCGUUGCAAGAGAAGGAGGUGGAGCUCUCCAAAGCUGAGAAGAACGCCAUGCUCAACAUCACCUUGGAUCAGAGGACACAGACAGUUCACUUCACUGUUCGGGAAGCGCCCCAGAUCUACAGCCUGUCUUCCUCCAGCAUGGAAGUAUUUAGCGCCCACAUAUUCAGCACGUCAUCUCUGUUCUUGAAGCUCCUGGGUUCCAGACUUUACUACUGCUUCAAUGGCAAUCUGUCUUCAAUAUCCAGCUACCUGCAGGACCCCAACCACUUGACCUUGGAUUGGGUCGCGACUGUGGAAGGCCUCCCAGAAGAGGAGUACACUAGACAGAACUUAAAGAGACUUUGGGUGGUGCCAGCUAAUACGCAAAUUAAUAGCUUCCAGGUAUUUGUGGAAGAGGUACUAAAAAUAGCCAUGAGUGAUGGGUUUUGUGUGGAUUCCUCCCACCCCCAUGCCUCUGAUUUCAUGAGUAAUAAGAUUAUUCGACUAAUUCGGUACAAGUAGAAAUAGCCUGUUGUGAUGGUAUCAGGAAAUACAUAACCAAACACAGUGUUUUAUUUUAAGACCCACUUCGAGACACUGUAACAAACAGCCUAAUACAAAAUAAUGUGAUAAUCUGUACUAAGAAUCACUAACUGUGAGUUGAUUUUCCUGUACUGAAUUUACCAAUGUCCUUUCAGAAUAUGUCUGUAUUCUAGGUGGAUGGAAUGCUGUCUAUUGGCUUGAGCAGGGUCUAGGAAUUAAGGAGUCCUGGGCUCCAUUUCUGCCUCCGCCACUGACUUACUGUGUGAUUGUGGGCAGAUCACUUAACUUCUCUCUGACUCUGUUUUCCCAUCGGAAAACAGGGAUAGUAAUAUUUAACCUACUUCAAAAGAAUGCCGUGAGGCUUAAAUAAUGAGGUUUACAAAUCGCCUUGAGAUCAUCCAAUGCAGCAUUCCAGAGCUGCAGAGUUGUAAUAAGUGCAGUGGGUUUGAGUCUCCACCACGUUGCACGUUGUGUAGCCAAUUUUACUUGGCCAGAGUGGAUGUAGAAUGCUACCAAGUCAGCAGGAUAGAGGUUUCACACACACACUUUACACAGGUAUAAAUGACCAUGCAAGGAAGCGGAGAAUCUGGCUUAGAGUGUUCAAACUGAAGUCUUCUUUUCCCUGUAAUGAAUCCUCAAUCCUGUUCUUCUAUUGAAGUAGCCAUGUUUGCACUGGGCAGUUGGUAUCGCAAAUGACGAAGGAUGCCAUUGCAGACAGAAUAAUGCUGUCUAUGUGGGUUUUGUUUAAACAUGCUUUGGAUACACAGGAGCGCCGCCAGCUUUCCUGCCGCCCGAGGAGGCGGAAGGUCCUGCCCCGAAACGCCGCCCCCCCCCCCCACACACAGAGGCGGUGGAAGGUCCCACUGCCGAAAUACUGCUGCGGUCACUGCCCCCCAAAUUGUAGUGCCCUAGUGGGUUGUGCUGGCCCUGUGGAUACACUUAAACCCUUACCAAUUACGCUCUAAUGCAUGAAAGGUAACUAGAUUUGGUCUUUCUCAUAAGGGUAUGUGUGUCUGGAGGAUACUGCUGAAAACAUUUUUUGUUCUGGAGACAAUUAACAGAAUAGAGUGUGUCAGCCCCAAAUGUCUUCUAAAUAGUUUGAUCCACAUCUACCCAUGUCCCACACCUUCUCUUUGGGCACAUGCUCCCCAGGGCAGAUGGGUAAUGAAGCAUUAAGGGCUGAACGAAACAUAGUUUGCCUUUUGGAAUACAAACCAUCCCUUCUAUAAGAUUAUGCAUGAUAUGUUUUCUAAUUACUCUUCUUCAGUAAAGACCAGGGGCCUGAUUCUCGUUUGCCUUGCACCUUGUGCAUUUGUUUACACCAGUGCCAAGUGCAUGUUGUAAAAGACUACCCAGUCAGAAUGGAAGCAUUUUACACCCUCUGUGCUUGGGUGUAAAUGACUACACAAGGGGCAGGGAAAUGGAGAACCAGACCAGUAGAAAUGGUGGAAGGGGGGGAAAUGGCCAAGCACUUUAACUAAGGCCUUGUCUACACCAGAGGUUCUCAACCUUUUUCUUUCUGAAGCUCCCCUCCCCCCCAACAUGCUAUUAAAAACUUCACGGCCCACCUGUUCCACAAUAACUGGUUUUCUGCAUAUAAAAGCCAGGGUCGGCCUUAGCGGGUAGCAAGCAGGUCUAUUGCCAGGGGCCCCAUGCCCCGGGGGCCCCCACGAAGCUCCAUUGCUCAGGCUUCAGCCCCGGGUGGCGGGGUUCUGGGACCUGGGCUUCAGCCCUAUGCGAUGGGGUUGCUUCGCCAGGGGUCGGCAACCUUUGGCACGCGGCCCAUCAGGGUAAUCUGCUGACAGGCCGCGAGACAUUUUGUUUACGUUGACCAUCCGCAGGUAUGGCCCGCCGCAGCUCCUAGUGGCCGCGAUUUGCCAUUCCCAGCCAAUGGGAGCUGCGGGAAGCGGCGGGCCACUGGGAUGUGUCUUUCUGAACAAGGUUGUCACACUCAAGCACUGACUACACUGGCAAACCUCUGGAUAUCGC